AUGAACUGGGAUGAUUUACUGCAAGAUUCUUGCUGCUCUGACGUUGAUGAUUUUAAGGGCAAUGUUAAAGUAAAUAGAGGAGAGUUAAGAAGUGAAUAUGGGGGUGGGGACCCAGAACUGACGCCAAUCCAUAAAGCUUGUUUUCCUGCUGCUGCUCAUCAAGGGAAGGACAUUGUUGGUGCUGUGGAAACAGGGGCUGGGAAGAAACUAGCCUUUGGUUUGCCCAUUUUGCAAUUCUUGUUGGAGGGAGGAGAAAACACUAUGUAG